AUGGAGUCUGACGCCGGAUUCAUUGCUGCUGUGGAAGAAGCCAAGCAGGGCGCUGCUGAGGGUGGUGUGCCCAUUGGAGCUUGUUUGGUCUCCAAGGAUGGCAAAAUUCUAGGCCGCGGUCACAAUAUGCGCGUUCAGAAGGGUAGUCCGGUGUUGCAUGCUGAGAUGUCCGCGCUCGAGAACUCCGGUCGUUUGCCCGCUUCGGCCUACGAGGGCGCUACUAUGUACACUACCCUGUCGCCGUGCGACAUGUGCACCGGUGCUUGCAUCCUCUACAAGGUUAAGCGCGUUGUUGUGGGCGAGAACAAGAGCUUCAUGGGUGGUGAAGACUACCUUAAGAGCCGCGGGAAGGAGGUUGUGGUUUUGGACAACGCAGAGUGUAAGCAGCUGAUGGAGAAGUUUAUGAAGGAGAAGCCGGAGCUUUGGAACGAGGAUAUUUCCGUCUGA